AAUGGGAGGGAGUUGAGCGUGUGACCAGUCGCUGUAAACUUUCUAUCACUUUCUAAUAGAGUUAGUUUAGUUUGAGCUGAAAUCAGGGGAAAUGGCGCGGCGGGGCUGCUGUGCCACGUCUUGUUACACGACAAAAACCAAAUCAGAUCCAUUUAACUCUUUCCUGUGUGUUUUUAUUUCUUUUAUAAGUCUUAAUCUUUUAAUCGCCGAAGCCGGGCUGUACACCGCAUCGGAUCAGAUUAUUAUUUUAUCACCGAAGAAUGUGGACUCUGUUCUUCUUAACUCCACUGCGGCUGUUCUGGUGGAGUUUUACGCGACCUGGUGCGGACACUGCGUCGCGUUCUCACCCACCUGGAAAAACCUCGCCAGAGAUAUUAAAGAAUGGAAACCUGCUGUUGAUCUGGCUGCUAUUGAUUGUGGUGAUGAAAGCAACAGAAAAGUGUGCAUCAAUUUCGGCAUCACAGGAUUUCCCUCUCUGAAGUUCUUCCCUGCUUAUUCAAGCAGUGAGUCCAGGGGCCUGGAGCUCAGAGGAUUUCCUAGGGAUGUGAGAGGUCUUCGCCACUACAUUAUCGAUAAGUUGGAGAUGCACAACGAGGCUUGGCCGCCUGCUUGUCCACCUUUAGAAACUGCUAGUGAGGCAGAGAUAGACACCUUCUUUCAGACCAACAAUGUGAAGCUCCUCGCUCUUGUGUUUGAGAGUAAAGACUCCUACGUGGGGAGAGAGGUGACAUUGGAUUUGUUGCAGUAUGAAAACAUAGCUGUGCGCAGGGUUUUGGACACAGAGACGAGUUUGGUGUCCAGGUUUGGUGUGACCGAUUUUCCUUCAUGUUACCUCUACAACUCAACCAGACAUAUCUCUAGACUCAAAGUACUCAAUGAAGCUCGUACCUUUUACUCGUACGCCCUGCAGAGGUUGCCUGGGGUAGUGCGGACUGGCAAACCCCAGAUUCCCAUCACUGAUCUUCUCAAGAACUCAACUCUACAGGAAUGGAGGAAGUUUAACAAGACGCGUGUGUAUAUGUCUGAUUUGGAAUCAGCGCUGCAUUACUCUCUGCGUGUAGAGCUGUCUGGACACACCAUCAUCAGUGGAAAUGAUCUGACUGCACUCAAAAAGUACUUAAAUGUACUGGCAAAGCAUUUCCCAGGUCGUCCAUCUGUAAAGAGUGUACUGAAGACCGUGGACAGCUGGUUACAACAACAGAAGGGGACAGAGAUCAAAUACAGCGAUUUUAGAGAUGUCCUGGACAACACUGUGCAGACGAGUGAUGCAGUGUUGCCCGAGGGUGUACAGUGGGUGGGCUGCCAAGGAUCUCAAUCCCAUUACCGUGGAUACCCCUGCGCAUUUUGGACCCUCUUCCAUGUGCUCACAGUGCAGGCUAAAGAAAUGGGCUUCCCAGAUCCUCAGGAAGUGUUGCAGGCGAUGAGAGGUUAUGUCAGCAGUUUUUUCGGGUGCAGGCCAUGUGCAACUCACUUUGAGGGUAUGGCCCAGGAGAGCAUGGAUCAUGCUACCUCACUGUCUGCCACUGUCCUCUGGCUGUGGUCUCACCACAACCGGGUCAACAACCGUCUGGCAGGAGAACUUAGUGAGGACCCCCAUUUCCCUAAGAUUCAGUGGCCAUCUCCGGAGUUGUGUCCUAGCUGUCAUGGAUUAAAAAAGACUGGUGAGCACCACUGGGACCAAAAGGAGGUGCUGACCUUUCUCCGACACUACUUUUCCUCAGCUCACAUUCUAAUGGACUACCUGCAGGACGAAACCCAAGCUCUCAUCCAUCAGAGGAACCGACUCACAGCAGCUCAGAUGGAGAAAGAAGCCAGACGUGGGGUGGAAAGGAGGGCUCGAGAGGUUCUAGACACCCGCCCUGCCGAAGAACCUCAAGAAGAAGAAGAAGAGCAGCAGGAGGAGGAGGAAGAGGAAGAGGAAGAACCAGCAAUGGAGGAGCAGACUGGUGAGCCAUACCCUGCAGGUUUAGAGAGAAUGGGGGUGGCUGGAGCAUACAAGGCCAAUUACCAGGCACCUUGGGAGAAGCCACAGCGGCCACAGUCCCAACGCAAACCAAAAAUUGUGGGAAUGAAACUAUGGGAGCCCCAGGAAAACAUAGUAGACCUGGACUUAUUUGUCAACCAACACUAUAAAGCCAAAGCCCUUCGAGCUGCGGCCAUGUCUGGCAUAGUGAGACAGAGGAGUUUGAAGAAGAAGGAGGAUGUGGAAGACCUCCAGUUUGAGGGAGGCUGGAGGGUGAAGCGAGACCUGGGAAGCCAGGAAGAGAACCUUGGCGCCAGGGUCAGGAUAGAGCCGUACCCCAGACCCCACAACAAGCGCUGGAUGUCCCUGCUCACCGUGGGAUUCUCCAGGCUGGAUGUGAGCCUUUGUGUCCUGCUGUACCUCCUCUCCACCAUGUGUCUGCUCGCCAUGUACCUGUAUUUCAAACUGAGGAUAAAGCUGCGACGUGCUAAAUUGUCUCUGCCCUAGAGCAACGCUCCAGUGCAAACUAAUACUUUUUCAGAGGAAUGACUAAAUCUCACAAUCUGUGGCUACUAAAGAAACCGUCAGCUUCAGUGCCAAAGUAUGCACAGAAAUCGAGAGUUUAUGAAGUACUGUUUUUAAUUUGAUGGUAAUUAAUGCCGAAGUGUGGUUUUAAAGACCCUUUGCUCUUGGUCUCUUUUUGGUCUUUUUUUUUUUUUUUUUUUUACUACUCCUGUGAGUUUCUUUGAAGCAUCUGGAGAUGGAAAAAUUAUAAUCGUUAUUGAUGUCUUUUAUUUGUUUAUU